GCUGCCAUCUUGAGUGUGGCUGAGGAAGUCUCCGUGCCAACUGUUUCUGCCAGAUCCCUUCCUCACAGAAUAGGCGAAUCCAUCCGCGCUGCGUGUCUCCCCAAACGCUCUCGCAGCCAGGACCACAAAUCAGAGACUUGAGCCAGGACCAAGGGGGAGUCUCUCUCAAGGUCAUUGCAUGCAUCCCCAUGUCUUUAUGAAAAAAAAUCCUUCCUCCUUCGGAUUCUCCCCAGAGAAACUCAAUUUGGGGAGAGGGGUUUUCCUUCCUUUUUUAGUUUCCUGUGGCUCUUCACUGGCUGAUAAAUCCGACUUCCUUCUCAGAAAUACCGCCCAGUUCACGAUAGAGCUGCCUAGAGGAGUCAAUGCAAGAUGGUUGUAAAUCCUCUAAACCCACCGGCCAGGGCUCGGGGCUUAGUCUGCACUCAGUGAACUAGCGGCAGGCUCCCAGGAAACCCUUCCCAGAGCCUCUCCCCAGCCAUGGACAGCCCCAGCCUUCGAGAGCUCCACCAGCCUCUGCUGGCGGGUAUGGGCUGCGGGCCCCCCAUCCAGAAGCCUGGUGAGCCCCAGCUGGGGCCUCCCUUUGGAGAGAUAGCCUUUGCUGAGGCCCUGAGGGGCUGGCAGCAACUCCCACCUCCUCUUCCCUCUGUGAGCGCUGGUCUUGGGGAGCCAGGGCCCCCUGACCUUGAGGACGCAUCAUCCAGUGACAGCGACUCGGACUGGGAUGGGGGCAGCCUUCUCUCCCCGCUCCUACCCCACGACCACCUCGGCUUGGCCGUCUUCUCCAUGCUCUGCUGUUUCUGGCCUGUGGGCAUUGCUGCCUUCUGCCUGGCCCAGAAGACCAACAAGGCUUGGGCCAAGGGGGACGUCCAGGGGGCAGGGGCUGCCUCCCGCCGCGCCUUCCUGCUGGGGGUCCUCGCCGUCGGGCUGGGCGUGUGCACAUAUGCGGCGGCCCUGGUGACCCUGGCCGCCUACCUGGCCUCCCGAGAGCCACCCUAGCCGCCCCUGCGGCCCGUGAAUCAGGGGCCACACCCGCCUCCUUCCUGGCCGCCACAACGAGAUUAAACGCCAGACGCUCUCGAAGCCAAA